GAAAUAAUUACCUCUCGCCUGCCACUUUAGCCCCAGAGCACAGUGCUCUCACAACACCCCUUGCACAGUCCCGACACUUCCACAAAGACAAGAAGGAUGCUGGCCGCGAAGACCUGCCCCGCCCUGCCCGCGCGCGCUGCUCGCGCCAGCGCCCGCGUCGGCCUGCGCCCCGCUUCGGGCGUGUCGUCGCGCCGCGUGGCCACCAAGGCUAUUGAGGACACCAACCUGUUCGUCAACAUUCUGGGCAGUGGCCUGGCCGGCGCUGCCGUCGCGGCCGUGACCACCUUCACCUCUGAGAACAAGGACAAGGAGAUUGAGCGCAUCCAGACGGUGGAGGGCGCGCUGCCCAUCGGCGCUGCCAUCGCCGCUGACGCCAUCGUUCACUCCAUCCCCGGCCUGAACGUGCUGUUCAGCCUGCUGCUGGAGCCCACUGGCGCCGCCGCCGGCGUGGCGUACAUGAUGACCCUGAUCCUGUCUGCCCCCUCGGUGGACCCCAACACCCUGGCGCCGGAGGGCACCGUGCUCAACGCCAAGAAGGCCUCUGACAGCCGCGCCGCCAUCCGCGUGCCCUUCACCCGCAUCAUCCCCACCGCCCUCAAGGUCGUGGACACCACCAACGACGCCUCGAGCGGCGCCGGCUGGACCAUUGGCGAGAACGGCCUGCCCAAGCUGCCCAUCAACUCGGUGCUCAUCGUGCUGGGCGUGGGCGGCGUGAUCCUGGAGGCGGCGGCGCACGCCCCCGUGCUGAGCUUCUUCCUGCCCCGCGUGCUGAGCGUGGCGGCGUGCUACGCCGGCGUUGGCUACUUCCUGGACAAGCGCGAGUAAAUCAUGUAUUCGCGUUUGCCGUUUGGUGAGCCAGACGAAUCCGGGACUUUGCGGAAGUUCUUGUAGGGCAUUGGGCGCUGCGGACGGCUCGCCUGGCAGACGUCGCUGUGCGAUUGUGUGCGGGCCUGGUGUGUGUGCUUGAUCCAAAUUUUCAGGCGCUCUGCAGCGGUGCGAGUGCGCCCGCUGCAUGUGACGCAUGUCAGCGGAAGCACGAGGGACUUGCAAGGUAUCGGGCGGCUCGGCAGCAACAGAAGCGGAAUGGUUUGGAGACGGCUGCUGUGUCAUGUGCAUGCGCAUCCUUGCUUAACGCUGAGGUAUGUGUAGCAAAGCUAUGUUGCGAGCGGUGAGAACAAACUGCAAUCACGGCUGCGAGAGAGCUCCGCACUGACACACGCGCACGUCAUGUCGGGGGUGACGGGGUUGAGGUGCGCGAUCGAGUUCACCAAUCUGAGCGAGUGCAUAAUGCCCGGACCUGUGUGGGCAAACUGCUAGUAUUGGAAGUCGUCUGAGAUGGAGCAUUAGGGCGAAUAGGUUGUUGUGCAUUACCGAUACGUGAGAGGUGGGAUCUAGCAGUUGCAUUAUUGUGCUUUGCUUGCACGCUGCUGCGGGGACGGCAGUAUCCCGCGCUUGGGAACGCCGUGACAGGGUUUCCUUGACCCUCAGGAGUUUAGAUAAUAACAAGCGGAUAUGGAGGCUGUGCGGAUGGUUGACUGCGUGUCGUGCGCGAACUGGCAGGAGCUUGCGGGGCCGUACGCCGGCGCCCAAGCCUGAGCUGCAAUGGCACGUGUGUGAUCCGGCUACCAUGUCUGCGUGCUGGAUGGGUCCGCCAUGACGCCUGGCUAUGCACAUGGGGCCCUCAGACUGACCCUCGAAUAAGCGAUACGCCGCAUACAUGGCUAGGAGCCGCAUGCAGCUACUUUAAAUUGAACUGGGAUUAUGAUGCUUUACGGACACUCACCUCGUCAACCCUUUAUUCUUUGUGUGAGCGCGCCGCAUGGCCCCACCGUAUGCGCGCGCUGCCUGUGUAAUGGACAAAUGGU